AUGGAUGAGUCCCUCGAGCCCGAAUUCAUGGCCCCUGUCCGUGCCUCCUCGCCCUCCCCCUCCAUCCCAGCAACGCCGGCCAUCUCCUCCUGCCCGUCCCCAGACCGGACCUUUUCCACCGUCUCCUCUCUGUCGACAUCUUCCGCCACUUCCGCCGAUGCCAGGUCUUCCGUCUCGAUUUCGUCCAAGCGACGAGGAUACAUCCGUCCUCAGGGGGCCGAGUUUGCGGAGUCCGCCAAGAAUCGGGAGAGUGUCAUGAGCCUGGGUAGCAUUGCUCAUCUGCAAUACUACUUCGCACGGACAGGUCUACUGGAUGGCAAAGGAGCUCAGGCUCGUGAAUGGAAGAAGAAGAAACCGGAGGAUAUGCCGAGGCUACUUUUGACCCCCAACGCCCGGUUUAUCGAUGACCUGACUGCCAGUCCGACCAGCGCCAGCCCCACGGAAGAAGAAAAUAUGGAUCCGCUGGACGAGGUGUAUGACGACGAGGUUGAAGUCAUGCUUCCCCCCACGGUCAGCACUUACAGCAUCAAAACGCACCACAUCCCACCCCCACCCAAACUCAAGGCCCUGCGGAAGGAUCUGCGGGAUGCGAUGGAGAAGGCCCAACACAGUAUCGAAUCCAUCGAUUCUCAGAAGGAACCGCCGGCGGAGAUGGUUCCUCCUCGGAUUAGUCUCUCGAGUGAUGACGACAGUGCAGACGACCCCUCGCGUCAGAUCCCUGCGGAAGCGACCCCGCAGACCUGGCAAGAGAUCCAGGGCAUGCGGGUCUUAGAUACUGUCACUUUUGCAAUCCGAGCCGCCAAGAUCUACUACACUGCGCAUGAACGGCCCGAUCGACUCGCAUCCAUCAAAAGUGAACGCGAUAUACGACAGGAGCUGUUCAAUGUGUUGGAGGUCUUGAAGCGGUGGGCGUCUCGGAAUUUUGCCGACGGACUCCGCGAUGACGAGCGGUCUGCCAUUGUAGGAUGGAUGGCCAAUGUGCGAGACAUGUUGGCCCGCGAGGCGCAGCUGGAGUCGUUUGAGGCCAAGGAACGAGCGGCCUGGCUCUGGACCGAGGGGGAAUGGAUGGGUAAGGAGCGGGAACGAGAGACCUUGUUCCUGCGUAGCUUGAUCGGCGCCGAUGCACAGCUUCCGACGUGGACUGCGCCGGAGGAUAACUCACCGCCACCCGCCAUGCUGGAGCGGCUGCGGGAUGGCCGCGACCUGGUGCGCGCCCAUAAUUUUGCCGUCAAGAACUCCAAGCGACCGUUCUUUGACAUCAAAACAUACCACGAGGAUGUGGCCAAGCCGUACCGACGUGCCGAGAAUCUUCGAUUCUGGGUGAAGGCGGCCGAGCUUCGGUGGGAGACGAAGCUAGAGUUGGAUGUGAUGGGGAUCGUACACGGCAACAGCGACGAGGCCUGGAAGCAAUUUGACACGGCUCUUCUGGCCUGGUGUAAAGUGGUCCGGGAGGAGCUCGUGCGAGACUGGCGAGAGAGAAGAGCGUCUGCGGCGAGCCUUCCGCCGGACGAUCUGGUGAUCCGACCUGCCUGA